UCGAAACACGACCUCGUCGCGCCCAGCCUUGUAUGCAGACACUGGUCGGAAAUGAUCAGACCUGCUCUCUUUCGAUACCUCAUCUUGCGCAGCCCUGAAGAUGUUCGUUUCCUGAAGUGCAUCGUCGUCAGCCCUCGCUACAUCACCUCAUCGCUAUCCGGAGCCAUCUCGUGUAUAGACAUCUAUCACGAUGCUGCUGAGUCCAAACCCUGGCUGCACCAUAUCCAUGGACUUUCAGCCAGACUCUGGACGACGAGUUUCAAGUGUACCGUCACGAAUCGUGAAAAUGAUUCCGCGUCAAUAGUCGGUCGUUGGGCCCCAUUCGAUUCGCUACCUAGCAUUACUCCAUCCUAUGUGCCACUUACGAUUCUCACUCUCAACAAGCUGGUCUUCACGAGUACGACCGAGCUCGCGCGACUCGUCGACAGCUUCUCAACGCUCGAAGAUUGCCGCUGUGACCAGCUCACUUUCCUCGACCCGUCGCUGGUUGUCCAAUCCCGCAGGGCCAGACGACGAUCUUCAUCGUCCCUCGAGCAUUGCGCCAUAUCGCGGUGCAAGGGGGCAACCCUCUCCUCUCAAGCAACACUCGCUUCUGACAUCCUCUCGAUCAUUGCUCGUUUAGGACUGGACGAUCGCAUGUGGAACGUAGUCCUCCAAGCACUGCUUGCCUUAGUGCCCGAUACAUUCGAGAGAGUCCUUAUUGAAAAACUUACCGCUACUGGCCGUCCCUCAUCAGACUGGACGACAAUCCGGUGCACUCUCCUCGCUCAAGAAAGCGAUGUCUGCGAUUAUGUAGACGCUGUUAUUAAGAUAUGCCGGCCAAAGUCAGGACCCGGUAUACUGUCCCCGCUCGCGUACAUCGAGAGGAUCACUCUGGUCCUCUCAAUAGCGGAUGUCGAUGCCACGGGAUCUCCUCCCUUUGAGGCUUUUCAGGGAGUUGUAGACUCCCCUCACCUGCGCUAUCUUCGACUCGCAGCAAGGACACGAAGAGGGCAAGACUACGAGACCAUGAAGAAUAUCUUGUGCUCGGUUCUACGUCGUACGCAGUUGACUUGGGCUCUCGAGUCGCAUAAAUUGCAGUUCGGGGACUACUACCGCUUCAAGCACAAUGAUAUCGUUACAAGUGCGGACAUCCUCGCCGCACCGGCGGAGCAUACCAUCAACGACACCACGAUCACCCUCGAUACCGCUGAACAAGCCGAGUGGCUAUUGCGCAGUUCCCAUCAAAACAAGAAGGCGGAGUACCUGCGGGAGCUCGUAACUGCACGCGCCAGUGAAGCGUCCACAAACAAGAGCCCUGGGGUCGCGCCAUCCGGAGAGCAAUAGCAGUUUAGGAUGUGGGGAUCAAGUGGCGCAUCUAGGAGGUGGCAGUUUGGUGGCGGACCGGCAACGGACAUGAAUAGAAUUGAAGCCGUUUAAGGGGGCGAAAACAGUGGCUAGAGGAUAAGGGACAUAAGGUGUAAAUUAGAUAUAGUUGAAAUGGUAAGAUAACUUCGAGAAAGCG